AUGCAUUGUGUCUGUCCCCGCCUUAUGAUAUUUGCCGAGGUGAAGAAACUCUGUCAUCUCCACAAUGUCCCUUUUCAUUGGUAUCUCACCAAUCAAUUCUGUAUUGCCUACGAUGUGUACCUCAAAAUCCAACAAUGCAUCAACACCCGCAUCGCUUCUGCCCUGGGCCGCAAUACUCCGCACUGGCAGAUGAGGAACUCCUGUCCAGCCUGCUAUUGCUGUUGCGACGGCAAGACACCAUUGCGGUUCAGCAUCCUCUGUGCUCUCGAUGGCAACAACUUGCUCAAGUUAGUUGAUCAGACUUUCCGAUGUGGAUGUACACAACCAGAUCCCAGGGACGCGCGCUCCAACAUAUGGAUAACUGAAGAAGAAGUCAACAAAUUCAAGAAUUCCGUUGAGGAUGCCCGCUGA